UAACCAAGCUCUUAGCAUACCGUGGCAGUCAACAAGAUUAAGGCUGUUUCUGACGAGAGCAACCUUGCAGUUUGUCACGGCGAAUGUGCUGUCGGAGCCACUUCUCCAGCGAAGGAAGCGAUGACCUCCACCUCCUGUGAGCGAAGCAGUGUGCCCGAAACACCACCUGUGAAUGGGCAGCCAGUGCUGAGGAGAGCAGGGUGUGCAGGACUACGAGAGCACGCAGUAAGGCAGCGUCGGUGUGCUCCAGCUGCAAUUUCCAGGGAACUGAUGCGGAGCGCAUCGCAGUAUUCUCAUCCCAAGGAGAUAAGGCAUAGAUCACAGCAGUAGAUUGGUCUCAGAAAGAAGCCAGUGCCUCUCAAGGCCCAAAACGAGCGGGCAGAGGAGCAGGCAAGUCUUUCCUAGAUGCUCCAGGUGCACGAUUGCCUGAUCAGCAGCUGGGGAGUCGCUAACACCCACAAAUUGUUAACUUGAAAGACAAAUGGAAGAAGCACAUGUAAUUGUUGUCUGUUCUGGUUGUUUUCCCCAGACUACUGGGCAUCAUUUUGGAUGGAAUUUCACUCAGCCUCCAAAUUAUUUUUGACAGAUAAUGCAUGGUAUGAGAUGUGGUGGUUUGUAUUUAUUUUUCAUAAAAGGCAAGUCACCUGUGGAGGAGCCAUCAGGGAAGUUGUCAGCUGGUCGUGCUUACACCCCAGUCCUUCACAGCAGUUCAUUGCCUUUGGGACGAGCUCUGAGCAAGAGGCCUUCUCUUGGAAUACGGCUUGCUGAGGAUCUGGGAAACAAAGCUCGGGAAACAGGGCAGUUAUUGAAAGUGUCAUAUCUGCUCAGCAAAGUUCCUGGCAAAGCAAGUUUUAAAUGAUGCUUGAGCUUUCUGUGCCCAGCACUUAAGAGCUUCGCGGAGCGUCAGCCCUACUGCGUUUUCACGUGAAGUGUUCUGAGUGGCAGAUGGAGGAAACUGUAAUGUCAUACAGAGCUUCCCUUGCUGGCAUACUGGCUUGAAUGAAGGAGGUGAUGAUUUGACAGGCACUGCAUCCUUGCUCUACAGCUGCCCCAUCCACCUUGCCCUCUCGCUCUCAAUCCCAAGAACUAGGGAAUAAUCUGAAAAAAGCUGAAUUGUCUCUUCAGCACAGAAGUGCAGUAGACACACGGGACUCCCAAAUGCAAGGCCGGUGUGGGCUCGGAGGGCCGGCAGUGCCACUCGUGACGGCCCGAGGGGCCCCGGGCGGGCGGUGCGGGGCAGGAGAGCGCGGGCACCGCCGCCUCCAUGUUGUUUCCUCAGAUCCCCGCGCCUCCGCUGAGGCACCUCCGAUUCGGGGCCCGCCCAGCCCCGGCGCACGGCCCGACUGCCGCCUUGAGUGUGCUCCAGGGCUCCGAGCCGGUGCAGGGACGAACCGGCCCCGCCAGGGCUCGGCCGUCGCUGUCCGGGAGGCCGGGCGGAGACAAGCGUGCAAACGGAGCAAAGCCGGAGGGCUUUCGAGCUACCGCUCUGCUGCUGAACAGCAUGCAGUCCUUUCGGGAGCAAAGUAGUUAUCACGGAAACCAGCAGAGCUACCCGCAGGAAGUGCACGCUUCAUCCCGACUGGAAGAGUUCAGCCCCCGCCAGCAGGCCCAGAUGUUCCAGAGCUUUGGAGGAGGUGCUGGCAGUGGACGUCGUGGAGCAACUGGAGCCUCUACAGCAAUGCCUGGGAGUGCCCAGUAUCAGCAGCAGGCUUCUAGCCAGCAGCAGCAGGUGCAGCAGCUGAGACAGCAGAUCUAUCAAUCUCAUCAGCCUUUACCCCAGGCUUCCAGCCAGUCUGCUUCUAGCACCUCACACUUGCAGCCAAUGCAGCGUCCAUCCACACUGCCUUCCUCUGCUUCAGGCUACCAGUUACGAGUGGGUCAGUUCAGCCAACACUAUCAGCCACCUUCGUCAUCCUCCUCCUCCUCUUUCCCUUCCCCACAGCGUUUUGGCCAGUCAGGACAGAAUUAUGACGGAAGCUACAAUGUGAAUUCUGGGUCGCAGUACGAAGGCCAUGCUGUGGGCUCCAAUGCACAGGCCUAUGGCACCCAGUCGAACUACAGCUUUCAAACUCAACCGAUGAAAAGCUUUGAGCAGUCUAAGCUGCCCCAAAGUGGGCAGCAGGGGCAGCAGCAACAGCAGCACCCACCUCAGCACGUAAUGCAGUAUUCAAAUGCUGCCACCAAACUCUCUCUUCAAAGUCAAGUGGGACAGUACAGCCAGACUGAAGUUCCUGUAAGGUCACCGAUGCAGUUCCACCAAAACUUCAGUCCAAUCUCUAAUCCAUCUCCUGCUGCAUCUGUGGUUCAGUCUCCAAGCUGCAGCUCUACGCCUUCUCCACUCAUGCCAGGUGGAGAAAAUCUCCAGUGUGGGCAAGGCAACAUGUCCAUGGGCUCUAGAAACCGAAUCCUGCAGAUGAUGCCUCAGCUUAGUCCUACACCAUCUAUGAUGCCAAGCCCCAAUGCUCAUGCGAGUGGAUUCAAGGGGUUUGGACUGGAAGGACUGCAGGAAAAAAGGCUCACAGAUCCAGGUCUGAGCAGCCUGAGUGCUCUAAGUUCUCAAGUUGCCAAUCUGCCCAACACAGUCCAGCACAUGUUGCUCUCGGAUGCCUUGGCACCUCAGAAAAAAAGUUCCAAAAGAUCAUCCUCUUCCAAGAAGGCUGACAGCUGCACCAACUCAGAAGGCUCCUCCCAGGCAGAGGAGCAACUCAAGUCUCCCAUGGCAGAGUCCCUGGAUGGUGGCUGUUCCAGUAGUUCAGAGGAUCAUGGGGAAAGGGUGAGACAGCUGAGUGGCCAGAGCACCAGCUCAGACACCACUUACAAAGGGGGUAAUUUAGAGAGACCCAACUCCUCACCAGCACAAGGUUCUCAGAAUGAGCCAUCAAAACUCAGCAGCAGUCCUGCAGCUAGGGAAGAUGUGAGCUCCCCUGAUGGGAAGGAAGCUGUGGUGGCUGUGGAAAAUGCUCCAAAAUUGAAUGAAAAGGCAGUUGGGGUGAUUGUCUCCCGGGAAGCCAUGGCAGGAAGAGUAGAAAAGUCAGGUGGACAAGAUAAACCUGCACAAGAUGAUGCUUCCACAGCCCCUCAGGCACCAGCUAGCACUAGUGGAGCAAAAGAAGCUGGGCAUGCAGGGACACAGCAAGAAACUCAAGGAGGAGGUAAAGGGAGCAAAAGUGGCGAUAACACUAACCAUAAUGGGGAGGGGAACAGCCAGUCUGGUCAUGCAGUCGUUGGGCCAAAUUUUCCUGCAAGAACAGAAUCUUCCAAGUCUCCUGGUAGUUUAAGAUACAGCUACAAGGAUAAUAUAGCACCUGGUAUACAAAGAAAUAUUGGUGGCUUUCCACAGUAUCCGUCUGGUCAAGAAAAGGGGGAUUUUCCAGGGCAUGGUGAGCGCAAAGGCCGUAAUGAGAAGUUUCCUAGCCUCCUACAAGAGGUUUUACAGGGGUACCACCAUCAUCCAGACAGAAGGUAUUCUAGGAAUGCUCAGGAGCAUUCUGGGAUGGCUGGGAGUUUGGAGGGAGCUAUGAGGCCCAAUGUUUUAAUUAGUCAAACCAAUGAAUUGACCAAUAGAGGCCUCCUAAACAAAAGCAUGGGGUCCCUCCUGGAAGGCCCUCACUGGGGUCCCUGGGAUAGGAAGUCUAGCAGUGCAGCUCCAGACAUGAAGCAGAUAAAUUUAGCUGAUUACCCUAUUGCUAGAAAGUUCGAUGUGGAGGCUCAGUCUGCUGCCCAUGAGGCAGGAGCACUCUCAGAGAGGAGAUCAGUGAUCUGUGACAUAUCUCCAUUAAGGCAGCUUGUAAGAGAUCCUGGCCCUCACCCCAUGGGGCACAUGGGUCCUGAGGCCAGAAGUGGAAGGAGUGAACGUCUUGCCCCUGGCUUGAGCCAAUCAGUAAUACUCCCUGGUGGUUUAGUAUCCAUGGAAACGAAGAUGAAAGCUCACAGUGGGCAAAUAAAGGAGGAAGAUUUUGAACAGGCAAAGAGCUCAGCUAGUCUCAAUAAUAAAAAAACAGGAGACCAUUGUCAUCCCGCUGGCAUCAAGCAUGAAUCGUUUCGAGGCAAUGCCAGCCCUGGAGCUGCAGUCUCCGAUGCUGCUCCAGACUACAUGCCCCAGCAGGACAGCAGAUCAACACAGAUGAGACGGGGACCUGGCAGAACUGGAAGGGGUAAAUCACCCUCUCAAUAUCAGGAUCUUGCUGAUAAGCUGAAAAUGUCACCAGGCAGAAGCAGAGGCCCGGGGGCAGAUCUGCAUCACAUGAACCCACACAUGACACUAUCUGAAAGAGUUAGCAGGGGUUCCUUGCAUUCUGUCUACCCUCAGAAUUCGGAAGGCCCAUCUCUGGCUUCAGCAUAUCACACAAAUGCUAGGCCUCAUGCUUUUGGUGACCCCAGCCAGAGUCUGAAUUCCCAGUAUCAUUACAAGAGACAGAUAUACCAGCAACAGCAAGAAGAAUACAAAGAUUGGGCAAGCAGCGCUGCUCAGGGUGUGAUUGCUGCAGCUCAGCACAGGCAGGAAGGAGCAAGGAAGAGCCCAAGACAACAGCAGUUUCUGGAAAGAGUAAGGAGUCCCUUAAAAAAUGACAAGGAUGGAAUGAUGUACCUUCAAGGUAGUUCUUACCAUGAUACUGGAAGUCAGGAAGCUGGGCGCUGUGUCAUGGGCAGUGACAGUACUCAGAGCAAAUGCACUGAACUGAAACACGGCAACCAGAAGUUGCAGCAUCAUGAAUCUGGCUGGGACCUCUCUCGGCAAACUUCUCCUGCCAAAAGCAGUGGCCCUCUUGGAGCAGCCAACCAAAAAAGAUUCUGCCCUCAAGAAAGCGAUGGGCAUCGACGAGAGGAAUCUACAGAUUUGCCCAAGCCUAGUAAUGCUAUGCUUAGGCUCCCUGGCCAAGAAGACCAGUCUCCUCAAAACCCGCUAAUCAUGAGGAGGAGGGUCCGUUCUUUCAUCUCUCCUAUCCCUACCAAAAGACAGCCACAUGAUAUGAAGAGCAGUGGCGGUGAAGAUAAAGGGCGACUGAUGACUUCAGCAAAAGAAGGAGCUGAUAAAACAUACAACUCCUAUGCCCAUUCAUCUCAAAGCCAAGAUGCUGGCAAGUCAGUUGCAAAGGGAGAUUCCUUCAAGGACCUGCCAAGUCCUGAUAAUAGGAAUUGUCCUGCUGUUUCCCUCGCAAGCCCGGCAAAGACCAAAAUAUUGCCCCCAAGAAAGGGGCGAGGAUUAAAACUGGAAGCUAUUGUUCAAAAAAUUACAUCUCCCAAUAUUAGGAGAAGUGUUUCUACCAACAGUGCUGAAACUGGUCCAGAUACUGUCACUCUUGAUGACAUCCUGUCCCUCAAGAGUGGACCUGAAGGAGGAAAUGUGGCUGGACAUGGACCAGAGGCUGAGAAGAGGAAAGGAGAAAUGUCAGAUCAAGUGGGGCCAGCAAGCCAGGAUACAACUGGUGAAAAAACUGUUCCAAGAUCUUCAGAAGAGUGGCAAAGCAGCGAGGAUGAUAAAAACAAAAAAGAGGUCCCUGAAACCACCAGUAUCGGCAAAGAAGGAGCAGGAUCCAGUGCAGCACCACCACCUUCUCAGAAGUCAGGUGGUCAGGGAAGGUCUGAUGGAUCUGUAAGUGGAGCUGGAACUCUGACCUUUUCCGACUCAAAAACAAUUUCCCCUUCCAGUGCGUUCAUUUCUGAACCAAAUCCAAAGUCUGAGGAAAAAGAUGGAGACGUGACAAACAUUUCACCCAAGCCAGAUGGUUUCCCUCCAAAGGGAUAUUUCCCCUCUGGAAAGAAAAAAGGGAGGCCAAUUGGGAGUGUGAACAAGCAGAAGAAGCAGCAGCAGCAGCAACAGCAGCAGCUGCCUGUGCCCCCACCUCCCCCACCAGCACCAUCACAGCCUGCAGAAGGGGCGGGUGCUGGUGAGCCAAAGCCCAAGAGGCAAAGGAGGGAGAGGCGAAAACCUGCAGCACAGCCACGGAAGCGGAAGCCUAGACGGGCUGCUCCAAUCGUGGAGCCUCAAGAACCAGAGAUCAAGCUUAAAUAUGCUACCCAGUCUGUAGAUAAAACUGACUCCAAGAAUAAGUCCUUUUUCCCUUAUAUUCAUGUGGUAAACAAGUGUGAAUUAGGCGCUGUGUGCACAAUCAUAAAUGCGGAGGAAGAGGAGCAGAACAAAUUGGUGAGGGGUCGGAAAGGACAGAGGUCUUCAACACCCCCUCCUAGCAAUGCGGAGAGCAAAGUGCUGCCCACCUCAACUUUCAUGCUGCAAGGCCCUGUAGUAACGGAGUCUUCUGUCUUGGGGCAUCUGGUUUGCUGCCUGUGUGGCAAAUGGGCCAGCUAUCGUAACAUGGGUGACCUCUUUGGUCCUUUCUACCCCCAGGAUUACGCAGCUACCUUGCCCAAGAAUCCACCUCCAAAGAGGGCCACAGAAAUGCAGAGCAAGGUCAAGGUACGGCACAAAAGUGCUUCUAAUGGUUCCAAGACAGAUACUGAAGAGGAGGAGGAACAGCAACAACAGAAGGAACAAAGAAGCCUGGCUGCUCAUCCCCGCUUUAAGAGGCGGCACCGCUCUGAGGACUGUAGCGGAGCCUCUCGGUCACUUUCAAGGGGAGCUUCUUGUAAAAAAGCAACCACUGAUGGUGGCAGUGGUGGUGAAAAGACUCCUUUGGACUCAAAACCGUCUAUGCCCACUUCAGAAGGUGGCACUGAGCUGGAGUUACAAAUUCCUGAACUACCUCUUGACAGCAAUGAAUUUUGGGUCCAUGAGGGUUGUAUUCUCUGGGCCAAUGGGAUCUACCUGGUCUGUGGCAGGCUCUAUGGGCUGCAGGAAGCUGUGGAGAUUGCAAGAGAGAUGAAAUGUUCCCAUUGCCAGGAACCAGGAGCCACCUUAGGCUGCUACAACAAAGGCUGCUCCUUCCGAUACCAUUACCCAUGUGCCAUCGAUGCAGAUUGUUUACUAAACGAAGAGAAUUUCUCAGUGAGGUGCCCCAAGCACAAGCCCCUCCUUCCUUGCUCUCUUCCGUCCUUGCAGAACAAGAUGGUGAAAGGCAGCCUCAGCACAGAGCAGUCGGAGCGGGGGUGAGGGGGGAAGUGUACUCCUGGGAAUGGAUAUAAAAGCAAGCACAGGUUAGGCUGUUGAGAUAAAAAGCAGUGGACAUUCGUGACUGAAUGGAAUCUCUCCCACUGUGCAGCCAUGCCCCCUCUCGACGUGCCUGCCAAUGCCAGCACUUCCUUCAUAAAUUCUUACAUCACACUCAAGACUGAUGACAUCACAGAAUCUGACCAAGGAGUCUGAACCAGCUGUUUCCAUGGACACAAUCUCCAUAGUGACAGUGGGGAGGGGAGGGGGAAAAAAGGAGACAGGUGGGGGGAAUUAAAGAGGGAGGGAUAAAUAUAUAUAUAUAUAAAGAUCUAUUUUUUAGUCUUGAAAGACUUUGUUUUAAUGAA